AUGCAUCCACUAACAGCUGUCGUAGAUCCCUCGCUUCCAGGGAACUCGCGGAGAAGUUCUGCACGGCCACAAGCUGAGGCGGUUGGAGCAAUGGAAUCACCGCAGUCUCGAUACCCUCCCGAGCGGCGGUGGGAUUCUGCCCUUCGUCGAGAAACAAGAUCCCCUCCGAGGCACCUUGCUGGACCGGGAGCAUUACUCGACCGCAGGCAUCCAGAGGCUACUUCGGUUCCAAGAUCAGAAUAUAGGGCCCAUGCAGAGCCAGCACAACCACACCCAUCACCAAUGCAAUUGCCAUCUAUCCGAGAGCUGAACUUGCCAAAAUCCUUGUCCAAUAUACCAGAGGAGUACAGGGCAGAAUUUGGCUCGCCCACUUCGGAUAGCAAGCGCAGAAGACUGGAUGGCGAGGAGGAAGGCGAGGAAGGCGGGAGAGCAAGAUAUUCGCCCCGUCGUAGCCCGAGUAUAAUGAGCCGCCCUAGAAGCACAUCAGCACCCGAUUAUCGACGUCCCAGCGGCUCAUACCCGAGCCCAGAUAUCUGGUCUAAUCAAGCUACGAGAUCUUCACAAGUACCGACUCUUCCGUCUAUUUCGGCUCUCUCUAAUACUCCGACGCCCUACAACACCAACUACUCGGAAUACUCUUUUGGAGGUCCCCAAGUAAGCACUUACAGCCACUACCCACCUGUACCCAGAGUCGCCCACGAUAUGCAGGCUCAACAUCCUGUACCCAGAGUCGCCCACGACAUGCAGGCUCAGCAUCCUUCCUUCGGCUAUGGGUACCAGCAAAUCGGCGGGCAAUCAUAUUCUGGUCCUCCUUCCUACUCCCAUGGCCAAGACCGAACGCCGUUCUCCUCCGGGCCGUUCUCCUCCGGCCACAACAUCCACAUGGGAAACAUGAUUCCGUACAGCUCGGAUGGACAGGACAGAGCUGGAGACAACCGACCGCGAAAGAGACGGGGGAACCUCCCCAAAGAGACGACGGACAUCCUCAGGGCUUGGUUCAUGUCGCAUCUGCAACAUCCGUACCCGUCGGAAGACGAGAAGCAGAGCCUGAUGCGCCAGACCGGCUUGGCAAUGAACCAAAUCUCCAACUGGUUCAUCAACGCUCGACGGCGACAGCUUCCCGCCAUGAUCAGUAACGCGCGCGCUGAAGCCGACGCCAGGAGUGCCCGCAGCGGCGAAGGGCGCGCGACAGCUGCAGCUCCGUUCUUCGACUGCGAGGCAGAGGGUGAGCGGGAGAGUGAGCGCGAUACGAGUCCGUACGACGACGGCUUUGUGGAGAUUAGGGGGUUUGCCAGCCAGGGAAACGGGGGCCGCGGGACAGGAGAUUUAUAG